AUGGAAAGGUUAAGCCUAGAGCUUGUAGAGGGUGAGGUAUUCGAGGAUAUGUUGAGCAUUCUGACUAUUCAACCAACAAUAUUUGAUGAGAUCAAGGAGAACAAAGUAGGAGAUGUUAUGUUGGAUCGAAUCAAAAAGAAAAUUUUGCAACGACAAGAGUUGAUUUUCAAGAUUCACGAGGAUGGUAGAUUGAGGUAUAAAGGAAGGUGGUGUGUACCAAAAAAGUGUGAAGGAUUGAAUCAAAAGCUUAUGGAGGAAGGGCGCAAUACACCCUAUUCAGUGCACCUAGGAGGUGACAAGUUGUAUAAGGACCUUAAGAAGGUUUACUGGGUGCCUAGAAGGAAUAAUGAAGUCGAUGAAUUCGUUUCGCGACGUUUGACUUGCCAGAAAGUCAAAAUAGAGCAUAUAAGGCCUCAAGGGAAAGUUCAACCACUAGAGAUUCCAAGCUGGAAAUGUGAUUGUAUUUCUAUGGAUUUCUUGGCAAAAUCUUACAUCAAGUAUGUUGUGAGACUGCAUGGAGUUCCAAAUAGAGAUUCUAGAUUUCUUUCGAAAUUCUGGAAAAGUGUUCAAGAGAACUUUGGUACUACAUUGAAGAUGAGUAAAACAUUCCAUCCAGAGAAAAAUGGACAGACAUAA